GGCUAUGAAGGCUCCUUGAUAAAACUCACCUCUAAACAGCCAGUGGGGUUUGUCAGCUUUGACAGUCGAUCAGAGGCGGAGGCUGCUAAGAAUGCCUUGAACGGCGUCCGGUUCGACCCAGAUCCUCAGACGCUGCGGCUGGAGUUCGCCAAAGCCAACACCAAAAUGGCCAAGAACAAGCUGGUGGGACCCCCAACCCCCUCCGUCACAGCAGAGCCCCGGCCCCAGUUCAUCAGCAGAGACCCCUAUGAGCUCACAGUGCCUGCUCUAUAUCCCAGCAGCCCAGACGUGUGGGCCUCAUACCCGCUGUACCCGGCGGAGCUGUCGCCGGCCCUCCCACCCGCUUUCACCUACCCCUCCUCGCUCCACGCUCAGAUUCGCUGGCUCCCACCUGCAGAUGGAACUCCUCAGGGAUGGAAGUCCAGGCAGUUCUGCUGAAGUAUGUGUGAGUAACAACAUCCACACUCAGAACCCCAUGAGCCGCCAGCACAGAACAUGUACAUUACACUGAAAAUACACGGAACGUAAAUGUUAUGACACUUGGGAUAAAUGUGUACACACAUGCUCCUAAACACAUAGGAGGAUCAGAUAGUGUUCAUACCCUCUUUGGACCUUCAAACCUCAUGAAACACAGCUAAGUUCCGCAACAAAACCGGCUAAUAGUUCACAUUUAUGCUAGUUUACCUGUAAUACAUGUAACCUGACUAGCACAAAACGCAUUAGCCUGUUAGAUAAAUACGUUGGGUUGACGAAAACGUGACCGUCGUAAGGGAUAAAAGAUGCAAUUAAAGGGGAUUCCGUCAUUUUCCUCUGUCAGGUCACGGGGCGGAGAGGUCGAAUUCUCCCACCGACGCCGAGCUUGAUCUCAGGCAUCAAAGGCAGGAAGUCAAACAGAAUAUGCAACGAGCUUCGAUGCCGAUGUUAAAAUAAAGCGCACAAGGUAGAGCUCAGCAAAUACGACUAAAAUGCUAAUGUCGUCGGCUUUGAUAGAGAACGUUAAUGUAACAAGCGGUGAAGGGUUCGUUUUCAAGAGGUACCGACCAACCUCCAUGUGAUGGUACUUAAAUAUCAAAAGAAGAAGAAAUAAAUAUUAGUACACUUCAUCUAGUUUAUUUAACAACACUGCUAUUAAAUAUUGUACAUUUAUAUAUAUAUAUAUAUA